AUCAGAAUUGAAUAAAAAAAAAGUGAGGUUAGGUUAAACGUCAUCACGAAAAUGGACAUCAGCGCCUUUUCUGACGACAAUUUCGACACGAAAGCCUGGAUCAACGGCAUUCUUAAAAAUGCCGAAAAUCAAGAAAAGAAAGAGAACUACACUAUGUCCAUAGUGAUGAAAUUGCAACUGUGCGUCCAACAAGUGAACAACGCGCUGGAAGAAACCAGUCAGCAGGUCUUAAUGUCACUGCCAAAAAUAAUUCGAGACACGAAAAAUCUCCACCAGGAAGCCACGGUUUUGAAAGAAAAAAUGGCUGCAGUUAGGAACGAAAUCAUCCAGAUUGAGCAGGACACCGGCAAAUCGAUUAACACUAUCGAGAAGCUGGAUUCGAUUAAAAAUGAACUGAACUUGGCUAAGCAGGGGCUUCAUGAAAGUGACAACUGGACUAUUUUAGUUAACGACUUGGAGGAAGUUUUUGACUCCAAAAACAUUGAAAAUAUUUCUACGAAAAUAAUUGGAAUGCAGCGCUCUUUGCAGUUGUUGGUAAACGUGGGUGAUUAUGAGGACCGCAAACUACAACUAGAGGGGCUGAAAAAUAGGCUUGAGGCUAUCGCAAGUCCGGCGAUUGUUCAAGCUUUCACAUCGUCAAACACAGAACAAUCUACCAUGUUUGUGAGAAUUUUUAAUUCAAUGGGGCGUUUACCUCAACUACUUAAGUAUUAUCACAAGUGUCAGAAAGACGUUUUGUUGAAGAAGUGGCGCAACCAAUUGGAGAUAGAACAGGACGAAUCUGUGAUUCAGUGGAUCCAUAAUUUUUAUGGCAUUUUAUUGUCCAAUUGGCACACACAGCAAAAGUGGUUUAAUCAGGUUUUCACCAAUCAGAACAGCUCUGAGUCUUUUGUUGAGAUAUACACAGAUGUGUUGGGUUCUCUGGAUCCUAGUUUGAAUGAGUGCAUUGAUGCCGCUUUGAAGCAAACUGAGGAUAAGUUGGUUUUUUUGCUUGAGGUAAAACAGGUCACACAACAGUUUGCUACAAAUCUUUUGGAUGUUUUGGACCAUAGUUCUAGUGGUAAGCCCCCCAAAGACAAACUCCUCCUCCUAAUGCAAGCCAUCUACAUCCACCUCGUCACCUACACCAACAAAUACGCCGCCUACGAGCAAGCCUUCCUAAUAAAAAAGCUCUCCACCAUCAACUGCAUGAAAGAAGAACUCCCGGACACUAUCCAAGCCCUCGGCUUGAGCAUCCCCCAGGUCAUAGACAUCGCCCGAGACGCGAAAAAGCGCUGUCAACAAAUCACGGAAAACUGCGGCUAUUGCGGCCUCUUGAUCGCCCUCCGAGCAUUCCUCGUCAACUACGCCGACCAAUACAGAGUGGCUUUGCGCCAAAUCGAUCGCAGCAAAAAACAGGAAGAGGACUGGAACACCUUCCAGUUGUGUCUGUCGCUGCUCCAGAACACCGGCGAAGUGUUAGUGAACUUACACCAACUAGAAAAAGACCUAACGGCGACUAUACUGGAAACCAAUCAAAACAAAAGUCAGUUUGAGUACAAGUUGUUGAUGUUGAACGCCGGGGAUCGGAAAGAGUACGAGUCGCUAGUUCGGUGUGUCACGGAAGGCACGCAAUUGUCCCUCUUAGAUCAUGUUAACGCGGAGUUUAAUAAACUGUGUUCCGAUAUUCACCACACGACGUAUCAGGUGGUGUUUUCCCCGAUUGCGAUGCAGUUGGAUGUGGUCCAGGCUGGGCAAACGUGGGCGCAGUUUGCGAAUUCGACGCUGCAUAAUUCGGAUUUGCCCGAUUAUAGUUUUUCGCCACAGGAAUACAUAACUCAGAUUGGUCAGUACUUGAUGACGUUACCCCAACACCUUGAACCUUUCCUAUUCAGAGAAAACCCGUCUCUGACUUGUGCCCUUAGGGCCGUCGAUCAAGAAUAUAGCACUGCAGGGGACGCCGAAGGCUCUCUGGCCCACGUCUUCCUCAAAAUAGUUGCAAGAGGGACCUGUCAAGGUUUCUGCGACCGGAUUUUAUCCAUCUGUGAGUUAAGUCAACCAGCUAGUCGCCAAUUAGCGCACGACAUAGGUUACCUAAACAACGUUCUCCAAGACCUAGGGAUUUCACUCAGCGAAAACCUGCAGCAGUUGGCCACCCUGCUCAAACUCCCCAACGACCAGUACCACUCCGGCAGUGCCGGUUAUUCGGCGCGCUACGUCGCCUCAGUACGACAAAUGAGAAACAUCACGUCGAAUUAAAUUAACCUAAUAAUUAUAUUUAUAACUGUUGUACAAAAAUCUUAAAAUAUACAUUAUUUCUGUUC